AUGGCAAGAUUACCAAGUAAGGGUCGUAAGAAGAUACAACUGAAAAGAAUUGAAAAUGACAAGGAAAGAACGGUUACCUUGUCUAAACGGCGCAAUGGCAUAUUCAAAAAAGCCAAUGCGCUAGCCACACUGUGUCGUAUACAGAUUGCAAUCAUUCUUUUCUCCAUUAGUGAAAAGCCUCUCUCUUUUGGUAGCCCCAACGUUCAAUCUGUUGUAAACAAAUUUCUCAACCCAAAUCAAGUCGACCAACAACCAAAUGAUUUCAUCGACAUGGCUGUCAACUCUAAUCAUGAACCCAAACUCCAAGAUUUUAACAAAGAAUUUGAUGAAGUGAAUGAACGUUUGGCAAAUGAGAAGAAACAAGAACAAAUGUUUGAUGAAUAUAUAAAAAGGUUACUUGGAGGUAAAACGUAUGAGGAUUAUGUGGUCAUUCGUGGAUAUUAUGGAUUCAUGCAAAUAAAAUUCAAAAUGGAAGAGUUGCAAGGAAACAAAGAAUAUACUCUCGAUGCAGUGUGUAGGCCUUCCUCCUCAAAUGACGAGAAUGAAGCAGAUCUAUCCAAAAUUGGGGUGCCAAAAAGAUUACUUGAAGUUGUAAUAGUAAGAAAGAAGAAUUAUCUUUUAAUUCCUAUGUUAUGA